CCGUCCAGACUUUCACAAGUUUACGUUCCGCUAGAUUGUGACGGAGAGAGGUAUGGAUGACAGAGAUGACGAUAAGCUGUCCAGUUCGCUCCCAGAAACAUUACACGCACAUAUAAUACGUCCCGAUGAUCCAGAUGGGACGCUCUGAUGAGGUCUCAUCAAGUACCCAAGAUCCUUCCCAGCGACAGACCUCCCAUCUCACCUCCCAAUUUAUAUCGUCAUUGACCCCCGCGACCUUUCCAAAUAGCCGUAGUUCACGAGGGGCAUCAUUGCAUGACGGAUUGGUCUCGCCAGACAUAGAAGGGAGUGGAUAUAGUACCCAACGCAGUCCAAGAACCUCGGCUGGCCGGAGGGGAGGUGCGGCCGCUGGCUUCGCGCGCCCCCCUAGGGCGUUUUUAAUUCCUGAUGGUAAUCCAGGCGGUAGCGAGCCACCCUUCCAUCACUAUCCAAAUUAUCAUUCCUAUACGUACCCUCCUCCGGGUCCUCCCCUUCCAGGUCAAUAUCACGCGACUUCAACAGGCACGUUUCAAGGCGGGGCAGGUCCUUCAUCGUCGCCCCAUAGGGCCCGCAGGCCGAGGCCGAGAGGUGGCAGUCGCACGCCAGAAGGAGAUCGAGAGGGAGACGAUGGCGAUGACUUUGAGCCUACAUACGAGGCCACGCCUCUCGGACGUGCACAAGAGAUUCAACCCGGUAGAUAUUCGACUUCACAGCCAAGACAAGUACCCGGCCCUGUUUCGCCCUUUUUUCCAAGGGGUGUGACUAGAAGUAAUAAAAGUAGCCCCUACCUGUACGAUACACCUCAUUGUGAGUCCUUGAUUAUGUUUGUUAAAAAUCCGGUAAAUUCUGAAUUUUCCUUGAAGCAUAUGAUGAUUCUCGUUACCUACAACCGCCUUCGCAUCACCCUGAGCCAAGUCUCAUACGACAUCACUCGCUUCCGUCUCAGCGAUGGGACGAGCGCAGUCGCUCUGGGUCCUCCAGCAGUCGACACACACCAGGAACAUUUGAUGAUCGCCCAAUCCAGAGGGCUUCCUCGUAUUCUCUCCCUCCAUUCAGUGCUCUCAUGCUGCCGCUCAGGCAAGAACACUCCGACAGAGGGCUGAACAUCAUCUCCACCCGGUCUGGCUGACCAGAGAAUUUUGCCUAUGGAAGUAUCAGUAGAAGAGAGAGAGUCCAGCAACGAAAGACCGACCGACUUCAAUGCAAGUGCGUAUGGGCGAGGUAAGAGAAAGCGAUCGGACGCUCAGGACGAAAGGAAGACCAAAGUUGGGCGCAAAAUCUACGUUGCGUGUGAUUUUUGCCGAGGUAAGUGGUUACCUUUCCAGGGAUUGCCCAAGAACUUCAACUCCAAUUGGCAUUAAUUGCC